CCCUUCCCUCCCUUCCUCCUUACCAGCCUCCCUCCCUCCCUCCCUCUCUGGAGCUCCUGCGCUCUCCCUCUCCCUCCUCUCCCGUGCUCCCUCCCUCCCUGCCGCCCUCCCUCCGCCCGCUCUCCCGCUCCUCUCCAGCUAGAGAGGCUCCCCCAGCAGUUCCCAGCCAGUGUGUUCUGCCUGCCUGCCUGCCUGCUCUGUGUGUGUGUGCGUGUGUGUGUGGGGGAGCGUGUGUGCGUGCGCCUACUUUGUACUGUGAGGAACACAGAGCCCAUGUGCCCUGCAUGGACGUUUCUGACACUCUGUUGAGCUUGAUUUCCGACACACAGGCAAGAUGUCCAGCACGCCACAUGACCCCUUCUAUUCUUCUCCUUUCGGCCCAUUUUAUAGGAGACAUACACCCUACAUGGUGCAGCCAGAGUACCGAAUCUAUGAGAUGAACAAGAGACUGCAGUCUCGAACAGAGGACAGUGACAACCUCUGGUGGGAUGCGUUUGCCACUGAAUUUUUUGAAGAUGACGCCACAUUAACCCUUUCAUUUUGUUUGGAAGAUGGACCAAAGCGAUACACUAUCGGCAGGACCCUCAUCCCCCGUUACUUUAGCACUGUGUUUGAAGGAGGGGUGACCGACCUGUAUUACAUUCUCAAGCACUCGAAAGAGUCAUACCACAACUCAUCCAUCACGGUGGACUGCGACCAGUGUGCCAUGGUCACCCAGCACGGGAAGCCCAUGUUUACCAAGGUGUGUACAGAAGGCAGACUGAUCUUGGAAUUUACCUUUGAUGACCUCAUGAGAAUCAAAACAUGGCACUUCACCAUUAGACAGUACAGAGAGUUAGUCCCGCGAAGCAUUCUAGCCAUGCACGCACAAGAUCCUCAGGUUCUGGAUCAGCUGUCCAAAAAUAUCACCAGGAUGGGGCUAACAAACUUCACCCUCAACUACCUCAGGUUGUGUGUAAUACUGGAGCCAAUGCAGGAGCUGAUGUCCAGACACAAAACCUACAACCUCAGUCCCCGCGACUGCCUCAAGACCUGCUUGUUUCAGAAGUGGCAGCGGAUGGUGGCCCCGCCAGCAGAACCCACACGGCAACCAACAACCAAACGGAGAAAAAGGAAAAACUCCACCAGCAGCACGUCCAACAGCAGCGCCGGGAACACGGCCAACAGCACCGGCAGCAAGAAGAAAACCCCAGCGGCAAACCUGAGUCUGUCCAGUCAGGUACCUGAUGUGAUGGUGGUAGGAGAGCCAACUCUGAUGGGAGGUGAGUUUGGGGACGAGGACGAAAGGCUAAUCACUAGAUUAGAAAACACGCAAUAUGAUGCAGCCAACGGCCUGGACGACGAGGAGGACUUCAACAAUUCACCCGCCCUGGGGAACAACAGCCCGUGGAACAAUAAACCUCCCGCCGCUCAAGAGACCAAAUCAGAAAACCCCCCACCCCAGGCUUCCCAAUAAGACCAUCGGUCAUUCGGUCGGCACCAGAACCCACUACCCAUAGGCCCGUGGGGUGUGCUCCCAAUAUCGCAGAUCUUUACUUACAGGAGAGGAAGGAGGAGAGAUUAAAAACUUUUCCAAGCAAAUACUUAUUUCUAAACCACAAUGAUCUGACUUUCUUUCCUUUUUUUUUUCCUUUUUAAUUGAGAGGAGCAUUCCAAAUAAGCUUCCAUGACCCUUCCUUGGAGGCCUUGACAGGUAACACAGACGCUGGCACUGAUCGUACUGAAAGGAGAGAAAAUGCUAGCGUGUCUCCUGGCACGGUUUGACUUCGUGUUUGUGUUGAGCUUCCUUCCCGCGCUUCCACCGAAGGCCAUGCUGUCCAUCAGUGCUCAGUGCUCAGGAUCUCGUUCAUAACCGAACCGAACUGCAGAUGACUUUUUAAUAUUGUAAAAUAUUUUCUGCUUUUUGACUUGCAUCUGAGAGUUUCUUGUUUCAGUAAAAAAAGAAAAGAAAAAAAAUCAGCUUUGGGGAAGUAAUUUAAAUGUAUUUUUUUCCUUUGCAUUUUCUUUCAUUGGGCAACAGUGAAGAGGACCCAGCCAGGUAACUUAUGGUCAAGGUGACGUUGAUUGGUUCUUGAGUCUGAGUGGGGUCAAUUGAGCCCGAGUGCUGAAACAAGAAAUGUCUUUUUGUCACUAAGGACACAAAGGCAGAUUGUCAUGUAAAGAAGGACAAUUGGACCCUUGAGCAUUUAUGCGUUUAUGAAGUUGCUGUUGAUCCAAAUAUUUCAAGACAUGUAAUCCAUUAAGUUAGCGGGCAGUUUCAUAAAGCUGAAACUUUGUUUUAAUCAUAUCUGAGUUGAUCGUUCUUUCUUUUCAUAGUAUAUUUCUUGUAUAAUAUUUUGUAAAGCGUUCACCUGGUUCUUUUACGGGGACUUUUCUGUUUGGGCAAUUCCAGUGUAUUUAUGUGAAACUUUCUAAGAUAACUAAUUUUUCCAUUUGCAUAUUAAUAUGUUCUUCCACACAUGUAAAGGCACAGUGGCUCUGUGUGUUACAAGACAGCUGUAUUUUAUGUAUGCUUUACUGAUAAGUGUGCCAAUAAUAAACUGUGUUAACAACCAAA